AUGGAUCCAGCCUACAAAGUGUUACCUGAAUCGACGGAAAAGGUCCAAGGACCUAUUUGGGAGCUGGCAACCUUGACAACGACAGAUGAUCUCCACAAUCUUUGGGCGGAAGACUUCCAGCUACUCGAACUGGAUAUGCUCUCGAUGAGUCUAACGUCCACCAUGGCGGGUCAUGAUCGAACUUCGUCUCAGGAGGAGUGUUUGCUUGCGGAUGAAGAUCAGAGCCUCGCAUCAUCAGAAGAGGUCUUCCACAGAGCAUCGUCGUCUGCAGAUAGCUAUGUUACGACGGCGGAGCGCAACGUGGAUCUUGACCCUGUACCCGUAAAUACUCCGCAGCCGAGCGCGACAGCCCCCGAGUCCAAAAAAAGUUGUCCUCUAAUCAGAUCUGAUUUCGUUGGUCUGGUAAAGCGUCUUUGCAAAGGAUUCUUACCGAGAAAGGAGUAA